AUGGAGAUAAAACUAACCCCCUACAUCACUACACUGCUGAUAUUAAGCCUAGCAUAUGCAGAUUUCAAUUUCCAAGUGGAGCAAUGUGACCCCCGACUGCACACCUGCAACUUGAAGAACGAUCCAAGCAACUGUUGCUGCUUCCGUUCAGAUGAAUACGAGUUUCAGUGUUCCGCUGAAGGGAAAAACAACGUAUCUUCAAGUAGUAAAUUCCUUAUCCACGCCAAACAUGAAAAGUACCUUCAAGUGGAUUGUGAAAGUCUUGAUGAGUACUACUUGGAUUUGCUGCCACGGAUGGACCUCGGUGAUGUUGAGACGUUUAGAGUUAGGUUUUGUCCUAUUCCAGAAGGAUCGCUUUUAGAUACGCUGAAGCAGUUCAACACUAGUAAGGUUGAACAUAUACAACUACAAUACGACGAUGGAAAACAAAACAAUACUAUUACAAAGAACUUGUUCGCCGGUCUACAUCCAACAAAAUACCUCGACAUAAACUACAUGACAACCACUGCGUUCGAAAACGAUUUUUUGGAGCACAUGCCUAACCUGUUAGGCAUCUUUUUGGAUGAAAAUAACUUCACCGAAUUGACUAAUUUUUACAAACAUACACCAGAACUCUUGGACUUGCAUCUGUCAAGAAAUCGUAUCACUACAAUACCAGACAACGCUUUCGCAAAUAUCUCAAAUUUGAAACGAUUACAUCUUUGGAGUAACAAGCUGAAAGUUUUGACCGGUUUGACUUUUACUGGUCUAUCCAAUUUAGGAAGUCUAGAGUUGCGUAGAAACCAAAUAAAUACAGUGCAUCCAGAUACAUUCAGGCCUAUGGUAAACCUAACAAAUAUCAGUUUGAGGCUGAAUAAAUUGACAAGGAUUCCACGGGAUCUGUUUUCAUCCAACAAAAAGCUGAAAUGGAUUGACAUUGGCUUGAAUACACAGUUGAUCUUACCGAACAAACUAUUCUACGAUCUUCCUGAGCUUGAAAGAGUGGAUUUGGAUAGCUCCAACAUUGAAGCAAUCCCAGAGGACAUAUUUCUUCAUUCCAACAACAUUCAAACAAUCAAUUUACAAAACAACAACCUAACUACGCUGCCGAGUAAGCUUUUUGAAAGUCAAAAGAAUCUCACAAAGCUCAGUUUGAGUCGCAAUAAGAUAUCGUAUCUUCCUGACGACAUAUUCUCUCCACUAAGGAAGCUCGAAGAGUUGUAUGUGCAAGAAAAUAGCCUGACUUCAAUCAGCGGAGCUUUGUUUGAAAAGCUCGAUAAUUUAGAAAAGUUGGAUCUGAGAUCCAACAAGAUUUCCAUUGUGCAUCCAAACGGGUUCAGUGGCUUGAGAAGCUUAGUCACAUUAGAUCUGUCGAAUAACCUAUAUUCAAUGGAAUAUGACAUACCAGACUUCAAUCCAUUGCAGAACUGUCUCAGUUUGGAAACUUUGAAGCUGAGUUACAACAAGAUCAAGGAGUUCCCAGGAACUUUGAUGUAUGUUCUCUCACAUUUGAAAGAAAUUGCUUUGGACCACAACGCCAUUGAGAUGAUUGAUGUGGGAUCUGCACGGUCGUUUUUUGGUAAAAGAGUGGACGUGGAUCUAUCUUCUAACCAGAUCCGUUUUUUAAAUUUUGCCAUGAUGAAGCAGAUAGCUGAUAUGAACGAAUCUACUAAUGCCACGGCUGUCAUUAAUUUGGUCAGCAAUCCGUUAUGGUGCGAUUGUACUAAUUUUGACUUAGUCACUUACUUAAAUGACGAAAUCAACCCUCUCGUGAGGAGCAUGCUGGAGAUACACGUUGGAGACCAAACGUGUGAAGAACCACCCGAGUUCAGGCAUAUAGCAAUCAAAGAGCUGAAGCCCCGUCACAUUUCUUGUCGCUACACUUACCCAGGCUGCCCAACGGAAUGCGACUGCUUCAGAAGACCGUUCGACAGAUCUGUCAUAGUACAGUGCCAACAACGAAACCUAACAUCAUAUCCGGAUAUGGAAGGGUUAAAAUGGUGGAUCAGUCAAGGAAAUGUUAUGGACGUCAAUUUGACGGGCAAUUUCUUGGACGUUGGUCCUGACGUUAAUGCCGGAUAUGACAAAGUGAGGAAGAUGUGGCUAUCUGACAACAGGAUCAGCAAAAUGGAUUGGGUGCCACCUAAAGUGCAGAUUUUGGCAUUGGAUAACAAUAGACUGCAAAAUCUUAGUAUCGGAGUCUUAAACGCUUUGAAAAAUGAUACUAAUCUCACUGAGCUGACGUUGUUUGGUAACCCAUGGACUUGCCGCUGCUCAAACUUGGAGUUCCAACGUUUCUUGAUGAGUAGUUACAAAAAGGUGAAGACGAACACGAUUCUCUGUGCCGAAACCUCAAAACCGCUGAUCAACCAACAGCUAUGCAAGCCAACUCUUCACAUCUUGAUCCAAAUCGCUGUACCUGUGCUGGUGUUACUAUUAUUCUUAGCCCUUGCAGCAGUAAUUUACUACAAGUAUAACCAUGAAAUCAAAGUUUGGCUGUUCAGCAAAAACCUCUGUCUUUGGUUUGUCACCGAAGAAGAACUGGAUAAAGAUAAGAAGUACGAUAUCUUUAUCAGUUAUUCUCAAAAGGACGAAGAUUUUAUCGUGGACCACUUGUUGCCUGGCUUGGAAUCUGGGCCAAAUCCAUUCAAAACCUGCAUACAUAUCAGGGACUGGGUACCUGGCGACUACAUUGCAGAACAGGUGGUGAAAUCUGUGAUGGACUCCCGGCGUACCCUAGUAGUACUUUCGAAUAACUUCCUGGAGAGUGACUGGGGCAAAUUGGAAUUCCGAAUGGCCCAUCAAAACGCUAUUGAGGAGGGCCGCGUCAAAGUUAUAGUGGUCAAAUAUGGAGAAUUGGAUGAGGCAAAACUGGAUGUUGAUUUUAAGGCGUAUAUCAAAACUAACACUUACGUGGAGUGGGGAAAACCGUGGUUCUGGAACAAGUUGAGGUAUGCAUUACCUCACAAGACUGAAACAGGAGCGCUUCGCAACCAGCGACAUGCUAAGGCGAUGUCAAAGUUAGACAGCAAGUUCCAUCUUCAGCCGAUGGGGCCUCCUCUCAGCACUCCUCCAGUGCCUUUAGACGUUGGGUUGUUGAGAAAUCACCCGUUGAAUUUAGUAGUGAAUGAGAAAAAGCAGACGACUCAACUGUUAGAGACUCCGUUGAUGAAAAGUGGGUGACGGGAUUGAACGAUGUCGUGAAUUGUGCUCAAUGUGCGUGCCAAAAUUUUUUUUUUUAAAGGUAUCAUGGCGGUGAGUGAUGACUGGAACAGACUUUCUGUUCUUUCCAUGUAUUCCAUUUGUUAUUGAGCGCAUCAAGAAAACGAUAGCACUGAAACGUCAUAUGUCAGCGACCAUUUGAGUCAAAUGGACGCUUCCGUGGAUCGUUACAUUGCUGUCACUACCUGAAUGCGCCAAACGCAGCUUUUGAAAAUCAUGUUGCGGUAGUCUCCAUAUUUUUAUAGCCAAUGAAUGGAACCACCGUAUUGAAUGAAUUAUUUCAUGGUAUUUUGACUGACCCGGUAGCCUUUAUCAAAGAAUAAAGCAAAAAAUAAAAAUAAAAUGCAAUUUAUUUUACAUUUUGACAAAAAUGAAGAACAAAAUAAGAUUUAUUUUACAUUUUUUUACCGUUUUCAAAGAAUAAAGUGAAAAAGUAAAAUGAUAUACAAUUUGUUUCACAUUUUUUUUUAAAAUGAUGAACAACAUGAAACUUAUUUUAAUUUUUUACCUUAUACUGCAGGUACCAUGCUUUCGAAAAACAAAGUGAAAAAAGAAAUAAGAUACAAUUUAUUUUACGUUUUCGUGAAAAUGAAUAAAAUAUAACAUUUUACAUUUCUUGACUUUGUACUGAAAUGUCAUCUUACAGCCAAAACACCAAUAAAGUAAUUAAUCCAAAAUCGGUAGUUCCACGUAUUGACCAAGGUAAUAUGGAGAAAAAUAUUUUCUUGGAAUGUGAUUACAAUAAUUAUUGUUGAGCAUAAUAGAAUUUUAUACUUUUAAUUAUGGUGCUAUCAAAAUACCUUUAUAAAAAUAAUUGAUCUCUAUAACAUCACAAGGUACAUGUUACCCCUAUCUCAUCUUUUUAUUGAGAACAAAUUUGAAUUAUAAAUAAUGUACCUGAACAAUAAAUAAUGACAAUUAUUUGAUUUUGGACAGCGUGAUUCGUUCAUAUUUGUGCAUUUUAUUACCGACAGUUUUUCUAUACCAUUAUGACUCGGUAGUAUUGCAGAUAUUUGUUAAUAUAUUUCAUUAAAUAUCAGUAUAAGAGUACUUGGAUGAAUUCUUAUAGUAUCCCAAUAUUGGAUUAUUUCUGUAUAUAUUUCACCCCUACCAAAAUUGCAUGUCACCUUUUGGACGUAUAGUAGAUAUACCACAAGAAAAGAAUCCACAAAAUUUUCAAUAUAAAUUAUUUCGUUCUAUAUCAAAACAUCCGUCUUGAAAAUAGUACAUUAACAAAUCUAUUUUCGGAAAUUCUGGUAAACUGUGAUAUUUCUAAAAUUGUCGGAUGUCAACAUUCACCUCUUGGGUCAAGAAAUAUAUACUUGACAGCCUAGAGAAAAUAAUUUUUUCUUAUCGGUUUCGCUAGUUUAGGUUUUAUUGAGUUUUUUAUUAGAAUUUUUAAUUAUUCCAUUUUUGUAUAUUUUGAUUAUAAUUUUUAUAAUGUGACUCGAUAAGGGUUUUUGUUAUUUUGUAGUCUAAUAAGUGUCUUAUUGUGAUUUAAUGUGCAAACAAAUAUAUAUUCUUUUGACCUUAUUUUUUUCUUUAUGUAGCGCUCAAAGAUAUUAUACCACGUGUUUUUAUGUUGCGUUCUUCUGCGAUGGGAAUGUGAAAUCAUUAACGAGGUUAUAGAAAAUGUGCAACAAAAAUGACAAAAAAUAUAUUCAACAUAAAAUAUAAAUUAUUAAAAACAUCUGUACAUAAAUAACAAAAAUCUUAUAAUAUAGAAUAAGUAACCAUUAUAUCACCAGUAAUAGCCUAGUAACACAACACCUUUGUCAACAUGAAACGAGAGUUUUUCGCUGACACUGAGUAAUAAUUUAUUUAGAUAAAAAUGCUGCUUUUAAAAUGUAUACGAUUUUUUCUUGAUUAGGGCUAUGUUAAAAACAUAUAGAUGACUCGUUGUCAUCCAAAUAAAUAAAUAAAUAAUUAUUUUUAUAGUUGACAACA